GCAGAGAGCGUGAAACAAAGCAGUCAGAUCGGAAUUGGACUUGGGAGGCGCGGUGUGGAGUCAGAGAUAAAACUUGUUGGAGGGGAGUAACGAGCCGGCUCUUCUCGUUCUCCUCCUCGUCUGCGCUGCGCUUCAGGGGUUCCCACCAGCCUUGCGAUUUAUUUUUAUAUAUGUUUUUUAUAUAGAGAGAAAUAUAUAUUUUUUUCUUCUUAAGAGAAAAUUCCUGUUUCAAGAGAAAAUAAGGCAACAUCAAUGAAGGAGAGAAGAGCCAGCCAGAAACUAUCCAGUAAAUCUAUCAUGGAUCCUAACCAGAACGUGAAAUGCAAGAUAGUAGUGGUGGGAGACAGUCAGUGUGGGAAAACUGCGCUGCUGCAUGUCUUCGCCAAGGACUGCUUCCCCGAGAAUUACGUCCCUACAGUGUUUGAGAAUUACACGGCCAGUUUUGAAAUCGACACACAAAGAAUAGAGUUGAGCCUUUGGGACACUUCGGGUUCUCCUUACUAUGACAACGUCCGCCCCCUCUCUUACCCAGAUUCGGAUGCUGUGCUGAUUUGCUUUGACAUCAGUAGACCAGAGACCCUGGACAGUGUCCUUAAAAAGUGGAAAGGUGAAAUCCAAGAGUUCUGUCCCAAUACUAAAAUGCUUUUGGUUGGUUGCAAGUCUGAUCUGCGGACAGAUGUUAGUACACUGGUAGAGCUCUCAAAUCACAGGCAGACCCCAGUGUCAUAUGACCAGGGGGCAAAUAUGGCCAAACAGAUUGGAGCAGCUACUUACAUUGAAUGCUCAGCUUUACAGUCAGAAAACAGCGUCAGAGACAUUUUUCACGUUGCCACCUUGGCAUGUGUAAAUAAGACAAAUAAAAACGUUAAGCGGAACAAAUCACAGAGGGCCACAAAGCGGAUUUCACACAUGCCUAGCAGACCAGAACUCUCAGCAGUUGCUACGGACUUACGAAAGGACAAAGCGAAGAGCUGCAGUGUGAUGUGAAACUUGCGUUACCUUUAAGGAGGACAAAGGAAUCUAGUGUAAAAAAAACAACACGAGCAAAACAAAAAGCUGAAGUCCAGUGAAGUGCACAGCCAAAGUCACGUGUCCCACAGGCUAGAGGCCCCUGAAAGGGUGCCUGUCUUUUUGGAAUCCUGUCCUUAGGUUCGGCAUGUAGACCGAGUGUUGAGAAGUGAAAACAUUGAAGAGUUUUGAAGUGUGACUUGAAAAAUAUGCCAAAAAAGUGAGAUUCAAAUGUGCUAGAGGUAGAUGAGGAGAAAUGCGAGUACCUCCAAGAAGAAAAAAUCACACUCUGAAUGGUGCUUGCGGUUUUUUUUGUUUUGUUUUGUUGUUUUGUUUGGCUUUUUUGUUGUUGUUGUUCCAAUCUGUUCAUGGAUCUCUACUUUGAUUUAAUUUUUAAAAUGUUUUAAUCUCCUUUACAAAAGUAUAUAUUAAUAUACCGUCCUCGUUGGGGAACUGGCACUGUGACCUUAGCGUUUAGUUUUCUAGAGGAUGUGAUCUAAUUUCCUCCUAGCUCAUCAUUAAAAUGGAAAUUGUAUCGGAACCCGUGGGAUUCCAGAGGAAAACUUCAUGAGGCUUUGAAAUCUUGCCUUCCUGAAGAUCGCCGCUGAGCGAGAUGGUUCUAAAGAAAGGCUUUUGCAGCCUUGCAAGAUGUGUAGACCAGCACUGCACAGAUCGCAUAGAUCAAAUAGAAAAAAGUGUUUUUUAUUCAGUCGGAUGUUCUGUUCAUCAUUGUGAUUGUCAUUAACAAGUGGUAAAUUGCUCAAUGUAAUAUUUUUGUGUGCUGUUUAGAAAAGAGGGUGUGUGAUUUUGUUUUGUUUUGUUUUUUGCCAUCGUUGAUAAAAAUGCAAAGUCAAAUAAAAGUUGUCUUGGUUUGAUGUCAUAGAAUGAUCCAAGAGGGAAAAUGUAGGUACUAUUUUCACCAGGAGAGGUAAUGAAGGAAUAGUAACAGAAAGCACAGUUUGUGAGUAAAGCUGUCUGGAACAAGUUACCAAAUAUACAAAGCAAAAGGACAAUUUGGGGAUGAAGCUCCAAAACUGGCAGCAUCUAAUGAUCUGCAGUUUCUUUCACUUUCUUUAAAUGAACCUCAAUUUGAGAAGGACCCCCUUACCCAAGCUUUAGAGAAUCCCUAGUAGAAAAUUAUAUAAUGUCAGUCCUGACGUAACACUAGGCCAUUUCUAGAGCGUGAUUGCUGAACCUCACUUAACCACAUUCAGCCAGGGUCCAUAUUCAAAACUUGAUUGUUGUUUCAUAGAAUAAUAAGCAUUUAAACCAGUUUACAGAUAUUUUUUGACCAGUUCCUUUUAGAGAUUCUUUCAGAAAAUAAACCUGAUGGAACCCGUUUAUUGUUGGCGCUUGUUGAAAACAAGCUUUCCUUCCAAUGAUAAUGCUUCAUUUUUGAAGUGUUGAAGCUGUGCUCCCAUUAAGUUGUGGCAGGAGAGGAGAUUAAGGUAAUUACAACACUCAGUUCUAUGUCUUACAAGCACUUUGUUUUGUCUCUGCAAGAAAAUACCAUUCCAGUCAUUUCCCAUGAAAUACAGACAUUUUACCAACAUAAUAUGCUUUGAUUGGUGCAGCAUUAUGCUUUGGGCAGUAUUACAAAAUAGCUGGCAAGUGCUUUCUGUAUUUAAAUAUUGUAAAAAGAAAAUAAGUUAUAACUGCUAUAAGGCAGAACUUGCGUUGCAUUUUUUUUUAAUGUUGAAGUCACUUUGUAUGUUUGUUUGGUCAAUGUUUCCGCAGUAUUUAUUAAAACAUACUUUUUUUUUUUCCUUCAAAUAAAAAAGUAACCAUGU